AUGGACGUCCGUUUCCUCAUAGUGAAAGACCUGACGGCAUAUAAUAUUAUCUUGUGGCGUCCUACCUUGAACAGGAAAAAGGCUAUUAUUGUGACUCACUUGAUGCUUCUUAAGUUUGUCUGUGAUGAUGGGAGCGUCAGCACCAUACAUGGUGAUCAGCAACAAGCUAGAGACUGCUAUUUACCCACCUUGAGUCCGGAAGCAUGGGGGUCAGGUGAAGAGAAAGACACGUUGGGAAACAAACGAAAAUGUGGCGACACACAAUCCAAAUCCCUGAAGGAGACACUAACUAUCUCAGCGGCGCAAAUGGAAGAAAGACGACCAGAGCCUGUUGGGGCUCAUUUCAAUGUGAAACCAAACGACACCUGGAGGAUGUGUGUUGAUUACACCAACCUCAAUAAGGCAUGUCCCAAGGACAGCUUCCCACUACCAAAGAUCGACCGGUUUGUCGACUCCAUGGCGGGAAAUGCCAUGAUGAGCUUCAUGGAUGCAUACUCAGGGUUUCAUCAAAUCCCCUUGUGUCCUGACGACCAGGAAAAGACGUCGUCAUUUGUUGCAAAACAAGGUCUAUACUGUUACAAACGUCUUAUCAACACUGUGUUCACCAAACAGCUCGGCAGAAACAUUGAAGCUUACAUUGAUGAUAUGAUUGUGAAAAGUUUCUUGAUUGAUGAAAGAGGAAUUGAAGCCAUCCCGGACAAGAUCCAGGCGGUAAUUGAUAUGAGCUCACCAAAGACAGGAGAGAUUUUAUACAUGUACCUUGUUGUAUCUAAACACUCGCUGAGUGUCGUUCUACUGACAAAGAGGGAAGGAAUACAAAUGCCAGUGUACUUCGUCAGUCAUGUUCUUCAAAAUGCUGAAAUUAGAUUCCCUACGGUGGAAAAAUUUGGUUUAGCCUUGUUUAUGGCCAGCAAAAAGCUUCGUCCUUACUUCUUAGCCCACAGGAUAAUGGUCUAUACGGAUCAGCCGCUUAAACUGCCUUUCACGAAGCUGGAUGCGUCAGGCCGAAUGCUGAACUGGGCUUUUGAGCUGAAUGCCUUCGAUAUCACUUAUGAACCUAGGAAAGCCGUCAAGGGGCAAGCUUGUGCAGACUUUAUUGUUGAAAUGACGAGGCCUACCUUUGACAAGAAUACAAAGACGGUGUGGACAUUGUACGUAGACGGCUCGACCACGCAGAACGGUUGUGGAGCCGAGAUAAUCUGCCAAUUGCCAGAAGGGGAUACUUUUGAGUACGCUAUGCGGUUUAACUUUCAGGCGUCCAACAAUGAGUCCGAGUAUGCAGGCCUUCUUUGUGGCAUUAAAAUGUGUAAAGCGGCCGGCGCCGAAGAAAUCUUAGCACUAUCUGACUCUCAACUGAUUGUGAGCCAAGUCAAUGGAACCUACGAGGCAAGGGAACCGACGAUGGUUAAAUAUAUGCUGGCCGUCCACCAGGAGGUGGAGCCACUGAAAAGCUUUGAAGUAAGGCGAGUCCCUCGCUCAGAAAAUAACCAAGCUGAUGCCUUGUCAAAAUUGGCCAGUUCUGCGUCUUGUGAUACCCCUCGUCACGUGUUCUAG